AUGAAUGAGAACGGCCACGAUUACGACUACCUGAUCAAAUUCCUCGCUUUGGGCGAUUCAGGAGUGGGCAAAACGAGCUUCUUCUAUCAGUUCACCGAUGGCACGUUCAACUCCAAGUUCAUCUCUACAGUGGGAAUCGAUUUCCGAGAGAAGCGACUCGUCUAUCGUUCCACUCACAAUGGUCUCCUCGGACGAAGUCAGCGAGUGCACUUGCAGCUGUGGGACACUGCAGGCCAGGAAAGAUUUCGCUCGCUUACUACCGCAUUUUUUCGCGACGCCAUGGGAUUUCUCAUUCUCUUUGACCUCACCAGUGAAAAGUCCUUUCUGAACAUUCGUAAUUGGCUGGAGCAGCUGCGCACCCACGCCUACAGUUCCAGUCCGGAGAUUGUCCUGUGCGGCAACAAGGUGGACCUCUUUGAUAAGCGCGUCAUCUCGGAGGAGCGCGCCAGACUGGAGGCGGAGAAAUACGGGUUCCCGUACUUUGAGACGAGUGCAGCCACCGGUCAGAAUGUGGCCAAGGCGGUGGAGACGCUGCUGGACAUGGUCAUGAAUCGAAUGCAGCAGGUGAUGGACGGUGAGGGACCGAUGGCACUGCACAAUGGGGACACCCUCAAACUGGGCUUCGACGAGAACGAUUCCGGUUCUGGUGGUGGUGCCGGGAGCGGGUACCUGUCGAGGUGUGGCUGCUAG